AUGGCGUGCCCAUGGCUGAAGCAAUGCUGUAGGUGGAAUGCAAGCUCCACGAGUUUAUUCGAAACCUUGUGUCACUUUAAAGGCAGGUCUGUGUCGUUCUCCACGUCCUCUCUGGGGCGGACAUCAUGGAGCUCCGUGCCGGGGAACAAGGGGCAGCCAUCAUCACUACCAAGAACCAUACACUCCAAAACUUUUAACUUUACCACAUGUCUCACCGGACACAAGCCACGGUUACUGGAUCCCACACUACUACAGUCUUGCUGUUGCAGAAAGGGUGCACACACUGAUGCAAAGCCGAAGGACCCCUUCACAUUAGCCCAGAAAGAUAUAACUAAUUUAUAUGAUGACAUCAGAAAGGAGCUGUUUGUAUCCAAAGAGCUGAAGUCUUUAUGUCACUACUACUUUGAUGGAAAGGGCAAGGCCAUCCGACCAAUGAUAGUCGUCCUCAUGGCCCGGGCACUCAACAGCCACAGCAACAGAUCCGGAGAUUUGCUCCCGGGGCAGAGGGCCGUAGCUAUGAUCACAGAAAUGAUCCACACUGCCAGCCUGGUGCAUGACGACGUUAUAGACGGAUCAGAUAAACGGAGAGGAAAGAGAACCAUCAAUGAAAUGUGGGGUGAAAAAAAGGCCAUCUUGGCUGGAGAUUUCAUCCUUUCAGUUGCCUCCAUGACCAUGGCUCGUAUUGGUGACAACACUGUGGUAAAAGUGUUUUCCCAGGUGAUAGAGGAUCUUGUGAGAGGUGAAUUCAUGCAGCUCGGCUCCAAAGAGAACGAGAACGAGAGGUUCAAACACUACCUGGAGAAAACCUUCAAGAAGACAGCGAGUCUGAUUGCAAACAGUUGUAAAGCAGUAUCCGUUCUGGUAAAUCCUGAUCCUAAAGUUCAUGAAAUAGCCUACCAGUAUGGGAAGAAUGUUGGCAUUGCAUUUCAGCUAGUGGAUGAUGUCUUGGACUUCACAUCAGGAGCCAAUCAACUGGGGAAGCCCUCUGCUGCAGAUCUCAAACUAGGCCUGGCAACCGGGCCGGUCCUGUUUGCUUGUCAGCAGUUUCCUGAGCUCCAUGCAAUGAUUAUGAGACGUUUUAGCUCUAAAGGAGACGUAGAUCAAGCCUGGCAGUACGUCUUUAAGAGCGAUGGCGUGGAACAGACCAAAAAACUGGCCCAGCACUACUGUCAAGAAGCCAUCCGGCAGAUCAGCAUGCUCAGGCCGUCGGCAGAGAGAGACGCUCUCAUCAGGCUCACUGAGAUGGUGCUUACCCGAGACAAGUGAGCUUCCACUGCUGGGAUUCACUUUAGGCAGCUACCUGAAGAAAAAGAAAAAAUCACCCAGCCCGCCGAUGUUUGUGCUGGCCAGCGUCGGACAAAAAAACAUUGAGAGGCGUGGAUGGGAGUUUGAUUCGCAGGGUCCCCUGGUGCUGGUUUCAGUGCCAACUCUGAAUGAAUGGCAGCAUACUGACUCAGAACACUUAAUCACACUCAAGUGAUCAAAACAGCGUGGAGGGGUCUGGACUGGUAUCUCUGAAAUAACCAUGGUUAGAAUGGGGGUUUCUAAAUAAAAAAAAUAGUACAAUAUAUAAAUACUUUGCUUUUUAUUGUGAAUCCUUUUUGAUUCAGAUUCCCUGAAUGGUUUCAACAGUGAGGAUUUGGAAAAGAGAAAUAUUAUACACGUCAAUGAACGGAUGAUGCGGAAAACUGCAAUCCAACUGUUCGCUUCAUUCAGUACCGUUAUUGCCAGCUUUGACUGACCGUGUGACAUGCGAUCAAAAUCUGUGUUAUUCCAAAUGCAAUGGCGUUCGUUUGGAUUUGUUUUUCAAGAUCCGUCCACAUCUCAAGAGGCCAAACAGUUUUAUCACUUGUGAAAUGGUAUGUUAUUUAUUUAAUGCAAAGUGCCCUGUAACAACUAAGGCCUUAACAUCUUCAAUGACUGUGCUCAAUAAAUAUACGCUUUUAUUUAAGACAUGCCGUCGCUCCUUUUUAUUUAUUUAGAUUCGUUCCAAGUGACCACACAUGCAUGUUGUACAUAGAAUUGUUUAUUAUAAAAGACUGUACAUUAAUUUUUCAAUCAACAUAUUAUAUGUACAAAUGAGGGGCAGACAGAGAUGGAUUUCAAUAUUUCUACCCAUGAAUUUGAGCCGGAACAUUUUUUGUUUUUGUUUUUUUUGAAAUUUCUGAAGCAAACGGGCAAAAUAUCAAGGCAGAAGCUGCAGUAUCCUGCAAUGGUAAAUGAGUCAUUAGGUCAUUUUAGAUGGUACGUACGAUGGCCAACAGAAAAAAUACAAUGUUUGAGAGGAUUCCUAGACCUGAGUGACGGCUGAUAUUGAUUGGCUGAUUUUUUUGUUUUUACUGGAGUUAAAAUAUGUACACCUGUGCAGCCCAGAGGAUUUCAUGUUCAGGGCAUUCAACAUGGUCCUUGAACCCAGAAGCAGGUCAUUGUUGCUUUGUGAAGGCUGGAGGAGGUAUUAGUUGUUUAUUGGUCUGCAUUACAUUUGAAUUGUCACAUGGCAGUGUCAGGCGCAAUUCACUGCACACUCUCCGCUGUCUUAUCAGAAGCAUUCAUUGCCAGUUACUAAUGGAUCCUACAGGUUGUUAAGUGGAUUAGUAAAAUGUUAACAGUGACGUGA